GUGAUCAAGUGAUGCUUUCAAUUUUGUAGAAACCGAAACAAACGUCAGUGGCGUGUUUGGCGGUGCAGAGCUGCCGGAUGUCUGGACUACUCUUCCCACAAAUCCUUGCGGGCCUAUCACUUGACGUAAUAUGUAUGCGACGUGAGGAUUUUCUGCUGUAUGCCAGAAGGACAAAUCUAAACUUUAGGCUGGGUUGAAAGAACGAAACACCAUGUCGGAUUGUCAACAACUGGAUCAACUUUAUUGAACCGUUAUUCAACUAAGAGGCAGCAACAGUAAGAAGAUGCAGCAUCUCUUUAACCAGAGAGCCUUGUGGCAAUCAGCUGCCCUGCGCUCCAUGCUUCUGGGCCCAGUUACCUUGCAGCCGUCCACUAUCUUGGGUCCACGGAUGGCCUCCUCCUUCCUCAGGAACGCUCGCCUCAUCCCCAGCCCACGCUGGGUGAGCACAUCAGGAGCAGUGUGGACCACAGCACCCCGUAAGUCCACCACGGAAGAGGACCAGAGCCAAGCUGACCCAGGCCAGGAAGAUAUCCUGGGGGACCGGUCCAUUGGGCUGGUCCAGAGGUUCAGGAGGACUCUAAAGCAGUAUGGGAAGGUCAUGAUUCCCCUUCACCUCAUCACCUCCUCCAUGUGGUUCGGGACGUUUUACUAUGCUGCCAUGCAGGGUAUAAAUGUGGUUCCGUUUCUGGAGUAUGUUGGAUUCCCGGAGAAGCUUGUUAAGCUGUUGGAGCAUUCCCAGAGCGGCUAUGCACUGACUGCGUACGCCAUGUACAAGAUUGCCACCCCAGCCAGGUACACCGUGACAUUAGGGGGGACAUCCCUCUCGAUCAGGUACCUCCGUAAACAUGGCCACAUGACCACCCCACCGCCUGUUAAGGAGUAUCUGCAGGACAAGAUGGAGGAGACCAGAGAACGCCUCUCUGAGAAGAUGGAAGAGACCAAGGACAGGUUCUCUGAGAAGAUGGAAGAGACCAGAGAUCGUCUGUCGGGGAGGAUUGGGGAUAACAAGGACAAGUUGGCAGAGAAACUCCAAGAGACCAAAGACAAAGUGUCUUUCAGAAAGAAGCCGGAGUAGAUAUCAUGUUAAUUCCUGGAUAUGAUUAAAUAUAUGUUCAUAUGGCCACUAUAGCCCUUAAAGGAUGGGUGGACACAUCGCCCUAAACUGACUUCCUCAGACACUACAUACUCAUAACGUCAAAGCAUUUCUCUUAACACCUCCAUGUCUGCUUGACUGCAAAUGGUAAGCUGCUGCACCUGCUCCAAUAGGUUACAAUGGAUCUGGUAAGGAGAAAAAUAGGUAUAUGGAGUUAAAUGUAGAAAAAUACAUAUGUUGAAAAAUGGGUGCUAUAUUUUCUGGGAAAUAUUUAGAUGAAGGAGUGAUUCCAGAAGAACAUGGUAUGUGUGGUAGAGGAGUGGGCUUUGAAUUGUUUCACUGCAGAAGUAGACUAUUAAACACUUUAAGGUCCCCAGUCAGUCACAACCACAAUAUUCACACUGGCUCAUGUUACAAGAAGGUUAUUGUUGUUUUUACAAUGUUAUAUUGAGAGAUGUAUCUGAAAUAUUAAAAAGUACUUGUCCUCCAUUGGCUUGCCAAUUAAAACAUAACUAUUCACAGUGA